AUCAGAGAAGACGUAAUAGACUGCCACAUCACCCAUCUUUUCUUUACAGAUAUAAACUUGCACAAACUUUCCCCAUUGCAUUUUAGCACCAAAAUGUCUUCCUGGUUAAGCAGUAAUCUGACAGGCAGUUUAUCUAGUAUUUCUAAUUUAACUGGACAGAUUUCGUCAUUUACCCGCGAAAUCUUGACGGAGGGAGCAGAAGAAGUAUCUGGUAAGAUUUAUCAUUAACCUUCCCUGUAGUUAGGUUUACUGUGUUUUAUUUUAGAUUGCAGAGCUUGUUUGGUACUGUUGUGGUUAGCAAAUGAACCUGGAAUUCAUCAAAGCAAGAAAUCUGAUGAUAUUCCCGUUCAAAUAAAAUAAUACAAGCUGAAGAUAAAAUUAUUGUCAUUGUAAAUACAUUACUAUUGUGCUUCGUAGAUUUAAGUUACAUAGCAGGAAAACAGCUGAUUGCUCACUCUCAUAUAGGUUAAGAUUAAUAACAGCUGUAAGCUUUUUGUGUGUUUUUCUAUACAGACCCCUCAGCAGAACUUCAAGUUGCACAAGCCCGGAUUAAAGAACUUGAAGCACAUCUAUUAACACAAAAGGCUGAGGUAAUACUUGAACCCAAGGGGUGUCACCCAAGUGCUUAAAGAGAGUAAUUGUUCCUUAUCAAUAAAGGCUGCUACUUUUCUUCAUGUGCCAUGGCCAGUGUAAAUUAAUGAUUCCUUGUGCAUAUUUUUGUCAAAACUUUGUGUUGCAUGUGGAUUGGCAUGAUCACAUAGCGAGGCAGAAACACGAGUUAACUCUAUUUCUAUAUAUCUGUUGGUGUCUGCAAUGACAUCAUCAACCGACAAGCUUGGUCUGUUGUUUUUGUGGCCUUUUUGAUAAUCAAGAAUGCUUUUGGUGAUCAAUUUCCACGACAGAAGUUACCGUAAAAUUCCGAAAAUAAGCCCCUCCACGUAUAAGCCCCUCCAAAUAUAAGCCCUUCAAACUCGUAACGCAAAAAACCCUCCGUUAAAUCGCCCCUGCGAAUAUAAGCCCCUGGGGGCUUGUACUUGGAAAGUGCCCUAAAAUACAAAAUAAAACAAGUCAAAAACGGUACAGUAACGUAUAAAUUUUUGUAUUUGCCAAAGAACUAUUUCGUGUCUGCUAAGACUUAGAAAGUGUGACAGUUAAUUGCUGUUUGCGUGGUUCCUCUUCACUCUUGGCCUUGAUUUCCUUGGUCCAUGUGGACAAAGUACUUGUAUGGCCACGUUUUAGAAAGGUCUACGUCCUCAAGGCGAGUUUCAGUAAAAACUUUCUGCAAAUUACUGACAUAAAUUUCCUUUCGACUAUAAGCUAGCCCAAUCGAUUUUAAGAUGCAAAUUUCCCUCCAAGUAUGAGCCUAGCCGAUUUUCAAAUGCAAACUUCCCUCCGUUUAUUAGCCCCUCCGAAUAUAAGCUCCUCCAAAAAUAAGCCCCUCAAAAAGGGCCUUUGAAAAAUAUAAGCCCCGGGGCUUAUUUUCGGAAUUUUACGGUAUUUGCAGAGAAAAUUGACGCAAAUUAAACCAUCUUUGAAGUAGGAGCAAUAAUCAAGAUUAAAGAACCUAGGUGAUUUCAGAAAAUAUCCAUACCAUACAAUGGACAGCCUCCACAUUUUAACUCCCCCCUACUUUUGUACUUUCCAAAAAGCAUUCUUCUCCCAUGUCCUCAGAUAAUCGUUACCCCCCUCUCCUGUUCAGAUUUUCGGCCUUUUUGUCAAACCCUUUGGAAUUACCAGCAGUUUUUUGUAAAUGAUGCUCCUACAAUUUGGCUUAUUUUACACCAAAUUAUUUCUAAAGACUAUUUUUGUUCAGUAUGGCUGAUUACAGAGGGAGAUUACAAUCAUGUAUGUCUCCAGAAAUUCUGGUAAGAAUGAAAACGAAGUCGUUAAUGCUGUUCAACAGAUGAAACCUACUACUUUAACUUUAAAUUGCCCCAAACUGUUACAGAACAUUGAGAUAAGAAUAUCUUGUGUUAAAUGUGUUUUCACUCUGAAGAUAUUGCAAUUGAGUGUAUUUUCAUUUCCACCUUCUUGAAUUUGAGUCUUAAGGGUCAGCAGUCACUCCCAAUCCUACUAGAGCUUCAAAAACGGCAUCCUCAGUCAAAAGACCAUGUUCGCUCUGAAUGGACAUUUUUAAUGGAGCUUGAUGUACAACGCAUGUUUUUUGCUUUGCAAUACACAUUUAAAAAUAAAACAGGACAAUAUAAAAAGAAAAAGAAGAAGAAGAAGAAAAUAAAGAAAGUGGUAGGGUCUUCAUGGCAGGAUAACUGUGGUAUCACUCAUCCAGUUCCUAAACUUACCUAACACAGGAUAGCUUGGGUGGGGCUGUUAAAACUGGGUUUUGUGAGACACAUACAUUGUACAUGUAUUUCUAAUUUAAUUUACUGAAGGUACAUCGCUGUACAUGUACAUGUACCGCUCUAUGCUCAAGGAAGGUGUUGAGAACCUGGAUGUCGUAGUGACCAGAUUUAUUUUCACUUUCUUUUAGGUGGUCAAAAUUAUAUUAGAUUGUGCUUCAUUAUUAUAAGUGUGAUUAGCUGUACUAUAAACAGGGUUCGUACAGGUCAUGGAAGACCUGGAAAGUCAUAGAAUUUAAGCAUAGUAUUUUCCAGGCCUAGAAAGUCAUGGCAUUUAAUAAUUAAAUUCCAUGUUGGUCCUGGAAAGUCAUGGAAAAUUGAAGUUUUGUUUGAUAGAUAAGUUACGCAGAUGACGAGGCAAGGACAUUGUAAGAUAAAGAGGAGUAAUCAGCCAGCACAAACGGCUUACAUUUUACUGGACACCAGCGUUUGUGUCUGUUGAACUGUUCAAAGUCCAAAAAUACCCUAAAACAAGGAAAGUUUGAAAAUUUUUGUAAGUGAGAGCUAAACCGAAGGUCUUGGAAAACUUAAAAAGGUCAUGGAAUUUGAAGAGCUCCAAAGAGUAUGAACCCUGUAUAAAGAUUUAUUUUUGUAAGUGGCGCUCGUACAUCUACAGUGUAUAUUCAAGCCAAACUUCAAACUGUACACUAAGUGUAAUAUGACUCUUCCUGUUCUGUAUGAAAGUUACAUAUGUUUAGGAAAAUGUUGACAAAUUGUAGUAUUGGUAAAUUCCUUUUACAUGUACAAACAGUUGGUGCAACGUCAACAUUUUCAUUAUGGUGCUGGGUCUGGUCAUAUUCAUGUAGGAUGUUAUGAAAACAGUUGCUGUUAACUCAAAGCAGUGGUAUGCCUUUUCCUUUUGGUUCUAAUAAUAAAGCUUGUUCUUAAUUUCUUAGUAUGAAAGAGUGAAGCAAAAUAGUGAGGAGCUCCAUGUGAGACUAGAAGCUUCAGAACUUCAGGUCAAUAAUUUAUCCAAAGAGUACAGGACACAACUCCACAACAAAGAGGUAACCUUUGAAGCCAAGUGUCAUCAUUGGUGUAGCAUGGUACAGCUGAACAUGCCAUAACUAAUAUGAUAUAACUGAGAUAAUAAUAUUUGUUUUUAGUUUGCCGGGUUUACAUUUGUACAUGUUUAUGUAUUACUGGUAUGUAGACAUCAGAGAGUCAAAGUUGAUGUAGAAAAACUUGAUAUCAACCUCCCAUAUGUGUGUCUUCUAUAUGUAACUGUGCACCGUGUGUGUCAUUAUUUUCAAAGAAAAAUUGAUUCUAUCAUUGUUAUGAAAUUUAGACUUGUAACAUAUUAUUUAAAUUGUCACAUAUAUAAGCAGAAGGAAAUGGAAUGUUGAAUUAAGUUGGUGAAGACAUGAGAGUCAUGCUGAAAUAUGUCUUUAAAAAGUGGGAUGGUGUGUUUUAAAGUUAUUUCUAGAUUAUGAUCUUUUUUCUCUGAUAUUUAUUUUUUUGUUAUUUGAGUAGCAGGAACUGGUAAAACUGCGGGAGCUCAGCAGAAGUCAAGAGGAACAUGCCCAUAGUUUUGGAAGAAGAGAACGACAUGAUUCUAGUGAAAGUAUUGAAGACUCCUUGGAGGCUAAACGGCUGCGCAGUGAAAUUUCAAAACUUCAAGCUGAAUGUCAGCAUUGGAAAUCCAUAGCACAUGGGGCAGUGAGUAUACUAAUUUGCAGGGCACAUUGCUCAGUAUCAGUGUACCGUCAAAACCUGCUUUAUCGACACCCACUUACACGGACAGUUUACCUUGUCCUAGCCUUUACAUUUUCUCCAAACUCAACCCACUUAAUACGGACACCCAGUUAAUACAAAGACUUUCUAUGACCCCCUCAGUGUCCCUGUUAAUGGGGUUUGACUGUAGCUUUACACACACUUGAAUCUACAACGUACACACUAGUAAUAGCUGACACUACAGCUGCCCCCGUUCUGUAUAUUGUCGGUCAAUAGUAUUCUUGCUCUUUGUCCUGUAGCUCUUUUAAAUAUACCGAUUCAUAAUGAAGAUUUUCACACAUAUUCCAUACAAUAGGUGAGAUAAAUACAGGAAACGCAAGGUUCCAUGCACAGUUUCAGCUCAAUUUUCACAGCUUUGAUCAAAACAUUCUCAGUUUCGAGAAUAGUUUAUUCUAAACCAUAAGAAAAGAAUUAAUUAGAAGUUUCCUUUUUUACAUUCAGUUCAUUUUAUUUGCCAGAAAGUAAACCUUAGAAAUGUAAAGGACGUUUGAUGGAUUCACGCGAGGGCAUUCUAGUCUUAUUUGAAACUUUAUAACAGAAGGACAUCUGUGAGCAGGGAAUAAGCCAGCACAGAAUUUGAUUGUCGGCGAAUUUCUGUAAAUGUCCAUCAAUCUGCUUGUGAUAAGCUAGCCGUUGUUCACUCGUCUUGCUUGUUUGGGGCUGAGUCUUAUUCCGGUCAAAGAGAGAGAAAGAGUGUCUAGCAAGGUUUCCAAUAUAAAUCAAAGAUUUGUGAACUCGUGUCUGGCAAACUCUCCAAGUGUUUAUAUAUCUACACAGUUUAACGCACCUUAUAACCUCCCCUGCGUUUAACGAGUGUCUUUUGGUCCAUAACUUUCAAAGCAACUGCUCCACAGAAUGCCACUGCGUAACGCAAAAGAGUAUCGAAGUAUGACUGCACAAUAAAUGUCACAAAAUCUACCUGAGCGGUCCCUUCGGGAUUUUCUGUCUUUACGUCAUCCUAACCAUUUCGAACUUGCGGGUGCAAACAAUAGAAACGUCAUCAUUACCUACCGAUUCCUUGCGGCCCCAGUUCGAGCAAAUCAAGAUUUUUUCUAGUAUACUGACUGUAUGUUUGAACUGUAAGUACUGUCCUUAAUAUAUGCGCGAGUUCCUAGGGUGCCUCCUCCGGAUUUCGCCUCUGGGCGAAAUCCCUGCGGGGGCAAUAAUGGGGACUGUCAGGACAGCAUUUAGUGCAGGCUUAUAUGCAGACGUUGUCAGUGUGUCAUUUGAUCUUUUUACAAAAGAAUAAAAUUUUAAUGUUUUUAGCUACCAAAUAAUGAUUCCUAUUGUCCAGAGCACCUAAUACUGCAUUUUCUAUAAAGACAUCAUCCUUUGUUAGAGGUUAUUUUAAGUGGAUGUCUUAUGGUGUUUUGAAAGUGAAGUGUUUGUGUUUGUCAUUGUGUGCAGGUGGCCAUUACAUGCUACUACAGCAAAUGUACACUCUAUGUUUGCAUUGCAUAUCAUUGUGGUGGCCAUUUUGUAGAGGUGGCCAUUAUUAUAGGUUUGGCUGUACUAUAUGUAGUAUCUGCAAGAAAAUGGAAUUUCCGGCAUUGGAGUGGAUACGAAUUAGCUGGAAAUGAAAUAUUUCUGCAGCAUGGGAACAUUGGGGACUGGGGCGGUUUCAGUUGAAGUACAGUAUGGAUAGAAUGGAGUGCUAUAAAAGGGAUGCUUAUCACGUGGGAAAGCGUCCUAGGCCUGCACCUAGGGUUUUCAUUAAGAAUUCUAGUUGUAGGAGAAAGAUGUAACAUUACAGGAGAAUAUUUUGAAAGAGGCUCCAUGUCUGAAUAAAAAAUAGUCAUAGGCUACCGAACAGUAGCCGGAGAAUUCAGUGUAAUAACCGGAGAACUCUCCAAUCUCCAAUGCCUAACGAACACCCUGGACACCUUGCGUAGCCCAAGUUUUUUAUUUAUUUAUUUAUUUAUUAUAUAUUUGGUUUAUUAAGUGACAGAUUGAGUUUUGUGACUAUUUUAGCUUGUUUUCAUUUUUUUUUUUUUGUUUUCAAAUAAUUAUUUUGUAUUUAAUGUGCUUUUUUGGAAUACAUGGUUAAUAUGGGCAGUUACCUUUGAGCUACGUAGCCUUCGUAGGAUAGGCUUUUUGGAGCGUGAGCCAUGGAUCAUACCCAGAUUUCCUGCUGUGUUUUUUCUCUAUAGGGUUUUUUUUUUCAGCGGGGUUUUUCUAGGCUCUGUUCUGACAGUAUUCUUUGUAAACUGUCGCUCAGCUCUGUUCUAUGUGUAGUUUAUAUACCGCGUGUUUGAUUGUAAUAGAAGUUGUAGCAUAACAUAUCUCUCAGUGCUUGGCUGAAACAGCCAAAAUAAACCUAAUAGUUUUUUAUUAUGUUGUACUGCGUAGUGGAGUUGAAAUAGUGCUGUACAUGCACAUCACUUUCUGGGUUUUUUUUUUAACACUAGAAUAAAUUAUUAAUUCUUGUAGGACAAUCAGGAUAAACUGCACAGAGAAAUUGACCAGUAUCAGCAUGAAUUGACUGCUUUACAGAGCAGCUACUCGCAAAAGAUCUCAGCUCUUAACAAGAAACAUAAACAGGAAUUGCAGAAAUGGCAGGCUGAGAAAGAGGAAUAUGUUCAGAAAAUUGAAGAGUUAGAAGAACAGCUCCUUAAUCCUCAGCAAAAAGGUAUCUUUUUAUCUUGUCACGUUUAUACCUAAAAUUGCCAAUGCAUUUUUUAUUCCACUGUCACAGAAACUUUUUUGAUAUUUGUAAUCUGCAUGGCUGCCAUAAAGUGCUAAAUGUAUGUGAACACAUCGGUCGUAAUAAAAUAAUAAAAAAACUAGAAUCAAAAUAUUGAUAUACUGUGUAGCACCUAUAGUUUUCAGUGCUAAGCAGUUGUACAUAUGUACUUGAGACAAACAAAUAACAAGUCAUAAAUACAUCAGUCUGCCGUUGUGGGGCACAAAAUUUUUGCUUUUUUGCAAUUUUUCCAGUGAUCUGCCAUGAUUUCCCAAAUUUGAAUGUUUGUGAUGUCACACUUGUGUUCUCCAUUAAGGAGGGGGAUUGACUGGAAGUGAAGUGGCAAUUAUUCUGGACAAAUAAAAUAUUUUCCUUGAGCUCUGUAAUCAAGUACAUGUGUACUACAUUUUGGCCCAACAAUGAAAUGUUCCAUUAUUCACCUGUGACCCAUGAGUGACCAACAGAAAUUAGUUCAGUGGAGUAAUUGCAACUCAAAUCUCAAAUCUUGGUGUUGGGCAACCUUGACUCUGUGAUUACAUUUGUUGACAUAAGUUUGCCUUUAGAUGACAUGAUCAAAGGCUUGAAGAAUGGGCUUGUAAUUUUUUUCCAUGCCUACAGAUGAAGAUGUUGUAAACCAUGCUGAGAUGAAUGCUGGCCAAACUCAUGAGCCCACUGCUGUUACAACAUCUUUGAAGAACCAGUUAGCAGCCGCAGAGAAAUCUACAGCACAGCUGAAGAAACAGGUAGAUAUUCAGGAGGACAAAAUAAAUGCAUUGAAUGCUGAGCUUCAAGAAAAGAAUGCAGUUAUCACUGCAAUGCAAAAGGAUUUAGAGAAUGCCCAAGCAAAUCUUGAGGAAUCAACCAAAACACAUAAACAACUUGUGUCUGCUUCUGAAAGUAAGUUGAAUGAUAGCACAAGACAGCUGGAAAUUCUUCAAAGUCACUUAAAGGAUCAAAACAAAGAACUCAGUGUGCUGAAGACUGACUAUGAGUGCUUAAGUACUUUAGAGGAACAGUUUCACAUAGUAGCUACAGAAAAUGCUGAGUUAAAGGAACAUCUAAGUUGUGCCCAAUCAGAGGAAAGAAGGUUGCAUCGCUGUGUUGAGGAAGUAAAGUCUGAACUUGAACAGUUGAGCUGUUCAACCAUGGAUUUAAUGGAAGAGUUACAAAUAUCACAGGGUCUCCAAAAAGAGCAGAAAAUUGAAAUGGAGAGUUUAAAGAAGGUGAAAUACAUCAAAGGAGAAGCAAAGGAGGAGAUGAGCAAGCUUAGGGGUGCUUUGGCAGGUGGGUGAAUGAUCAAAUGAUCGCCUCUUAUUUACUGCUAUCCUUACAUUAAUAAUUAUUAUCAAAGUAGUUGUUAUCUUAAGUUAAUUUCUUAUGAACACUGGCAGAGAUCUAUAUUCGCUGUCGUCCCAGAUGACUACAACCCCACUCGGACGAUUAAGAUAACUCCGUGAGUCGUCCUUUGGACAAGUGAGGUUUGGCUCAACCACAAAACCUUUCAAAAAUUCUUAUAUGAUUUUAUCAUGUACAUUUUACCUACGUUCUGAUUACUUCUCAUCAACUUAAGACUUUUACAACAAUGGGCCAUGCGCAGAAAACAUGACAGUACUCAUGAAGGUGUGGUGUUUUUUAAGAAAGUUUUACUACUCAAUUGUAAACGCAGUUAAUGGAGCGUGACGCCCUCAAUCAACAACAUGUAACGCAGUGUUAUGCUAUAGCCCUUAUCAAAUCUCGUAGAAGUUACUUGUGGUAGGUAAAACUACUGGGUAGUACGUAAAAUCACGGCUAUACAGUCAACUCUCGCCUUGCAGACACCCCGUUAUAACGGACACCCCGAUAAUACGGACAGCAGCUAAAUCCCCGGCAAAAACAAGUUGCAGACGUUUGACUGAAAUAAACUCCCGCUAUUACGGACUCUCGCUAACGAGGACACCACCUCGAGGUCCCUACAGUGUCCGCUUUAAAGGGAGUUGACUGUAGCUGGGAAACUACUGACACAAUAGCAAUCCUUGUUUUUGUUGCAGUUAAAGCUAGUUUCUAAUGUAUCGCUCGUUUUGUAUGGCUAGUAAAAAUAAUUUUCCUCAUGCAUAUCUCGUGGAGCACUUUAGGUGCACGUUCUAUAUUCUGUAGUACAGUAUUUUUCAUUGGCUUACCUUGUGAUAGCACUUGGACUAUAAAAGGCCUAGUAAAAGUCCUGUGUCUCAUUCCGAGCUGUAUUGCGAAGUUGGUUACUUCAACCGUCCUAAAGUUUUGUAAAUCCCACCCUUCCCUCCCUUUGGAGGCUUGGUUGUUGUUCCUAAUAAACACGGGCUCACCGCUUUCUUUCGCCUUCAGUUUAAGUGUCACGGCGACUUCCCCAAGCUUUGAUUUUAAUGCAAACUUUGAUAUUUGAUUGUAUUCCAGCACGUACCGGCGGAGUCGGCUCGUAGUGCUGAUAAGAUAAAGUUCCUAGAACAAAAUAUUUGCCUACACCGUUCCAUUAAGUUGCACGAUGCUGGCUGGAGGUUUCAGCUCGUAGUGCCGUGGAGUGUUAGGCCGUAUUAAGUUUGUUUCUUUUGGACCUACCUGAACUUGUCCGAUCCGGCGCGUUUAAAUUAGCGCCGGGGAGAUAAGUAAGGCUUUAUGGUCACGCUAUGGAAGUCGUCCACCACGCCGAUCGCGGAGCGGUGUUCCCCCCAUUACGCCAUCUGUUUGUUGUCUUAUUUUUACACUUUAUUGUAAAGCCUAGCUAAAGGAACUACGACAUUAAAAGGUGUUUCACUGCCUCCAGCAAAAAAACAAACAAUCAGACAAAACAAACAAAAAAGUGAAGCAGGUGCCUCUGCCUUUUACGAGGAAAAACGUAAGAGCUAGCUCCUUCUUGCCUUCAUAGCAAACUAACAGACAGUGGCUUGUUUUUGCGCCCAAACAGAAUGCAUCCUAGUCAUCUACUGACAUCUCUGGGAGUCUCAGUCUACAUCCUAAACAGCUAUAUCAGCCGGCAAAAUGCUUAGCGAGUUCAGUCAAAAAGCUUCCAGAACAAUGUUUGCAACGUUUGCGGAGGGCUGCAUUCUUUUUAUAAUCCUGCACUUUUCUGGGAAAACCAAAUUGUAACCAGGCAAGUAUGCCAUCAUGGUUACUUGUCUGGCUGACAACGCUGAUAGAAAAUGAAUAUGGAUCCUUGAUAUUGGGGACUUUUAAAAAAGUUAAUGACAAAUGCAUUAAAAACUCACAGUGAAAUACUUUUGCUUUUCAGCUUUGUGGGAACGUCAUUUAUGCCUGGUUCAGCUAUACCAGCAGGUCAGACAAGAGUUGCACAACAGUAACGCCAGGCUUGUAGCCAUGUUCCAGUCUCGACAUGUAAUGCAUUUCGUGACAGGUUGCUGUGCAGGGUGACAUGGCAGAGGAAGCUUAGCUGCUGCCAUGCUCAUCUGUUGUGGGAAUUGUGUAAUAAUAACAUUUUUAAUAGCUAAUGGAUAAGUGCAGUCAUAACCUCAAAGAUUGCUAUUUCUGCCUUUUAUACAUACAAACAGUGUUAUAAGUGUCCUGUCACAAAUGAGUAGCACCCUAUUGCAUGGUUCUUCCGAUCUUAUGAAAACGUUACCCAAUGGAAAUUUAAUUAUUCAUUUGAAGCAAUUCAUACUUCAAAAUGUCCUUAGUUCAUCCAAUGUUAAUUUCCUUUCUUCAUUUAUCUUUUCCUUAGCAAAUUCAGGCUAUAAAGAGAUGUUUAGUCCAGCAAAUAGCACUUGCCCUCUGUUGAGUUGUAUUUUGCUAUUCUUGCUAUGUUCUUAGGCAGAAGUUUGGCAAUUUGUUUCUUUGCAAGACGUGAAAUUUUCUACUAUUUUACCCAGCUCUACAAAAUACAGCCUUGUCCCCAGAGCUUCUUGGUUGCUAUCCCUUUUUCUUGCAAUAGCCUGUACUAAUUGAUGUCAUCUUAUCAGAUAUUAAACAUGACUGCCAAAUUUGGCAAACACUAGCUACUUAUCAAGAAUUACCUGGGUGAUUUGAGCCGAUCAGAAAUGGAGAAAUAUUUCAAGUGAAUUAUACUCAUCUUUAUUUUUUGGAAUGGUGAUGUUUUAUAAUAUGGAACCCAUCAAAGAUGUUGAAAAAGUGUCAAACCUGUCCAAGUUGUGUGGCAACAGAGGCAAAAUCUUUCCUGUUAUUUUGAUUCAAGCUAAGGAGAUCAUCUGCACAUUUACGGAAGGAAUAAGAUGUAAUCAUAAGCCAUCAAAAGCAGUUUGAAGCCAUUAUACUUAGGCACAGAAUAUAACAAUGUUUUGUCCAAGUUGGCUUUAGCUAACAUGUACCAGAUAGUAAUGCUAGCGGGCUAUUUCACCAGGCUUCCCAUGGCUAAUGUUACCUUGCACAGCUACCUAAACUGGUCAUACGUGUUUUUUAACUUGUUGUGUGUUACAAACUUUAAAUUUGCAAUUUGUAUUGUGUUUUAUGUAUGUAGUCACCAACACGCUGACCUACCGGUAAAUGUGCACUUAGUGAAGUGCACAUACAUGAUCAUGAGCAGAUUUUGCAAUUUUAAGUGUGCCAGCAAGAUAUAAUCGUUUAAGUGAGCAAAAUCUGUCAUCCCUGAAAUAACGUCUUAUAUCUUUUUAUAAAAGCGCUCUUUUAGAAUUCCGCUCAACACAUAACACACUACAGUCUAACAAGUUUACCCCUCUGUAGUGCUAGUAAAGUUAAAAACCUCCAAGUAAGAAUCCAGUUUUUAACAACCUGUUAGUCUAAAAUUUGCCAGUUAGAUCACCUCUCUACAACUUUGUUCUACUUACCAUUAUGUAAGAGCCUGUUUUGGCUGUCGGGGGAAAAUGCUUUUUUUUGCGGGUUUUAAAUGUGUUUUAGUUGAGUUGUUAUAGUAAAACUGGAUAUUUUGAAAGACGUGGGGAGUUUAAGAGUAUUGCUUUUCUUGUGUGUGUAGUAAUUGCUACUCUGUAGUCACCAGAGUUAAGGUUUGUCAGAAUGCAACUACCUUAAAGUCGCGGGUGACACCUUAGGCUCAUUGUUAUGCAAUUAUUUAAAGCGUAUGCACGAAGUAUAACGAAUGAUAUCGAAAGGUUUACGAGAUAUUCAUAACUGGAUAAAAGUUGAGCGCAUAAUUUAAAGUUUUCAUGUUAGCAUUCAUGUUUACACGUAGACAGCGAACAAAAUGUUUAUUCAAAAUUACAAACGGGCUGCAAGUGGUAGUAAACCUUGUUUGAGUGAUUUUUCAAAUCAACAAUAAGGAACUGCUUAGACAUUUCAACCAAAUUUAACACCAAAACUCCUCGUACGUUUUUUUUUCGCCUCAAAUAUCCUUGAAAACAUUGCAACUUAUAAACGAAAUUAUAGUUUGGAAUUUAAUUAACUAUAAUUGCCACAAUUACAUAUCUUGCUUGGAACUCAUGCUUUAGUCGGGACACCUUCGGGAAUCUCAAAAUUUGACUUUUCCGCCAAUUUUGUGUCCAGGAAUUCAGCGCAGGUACAAUACUUCACGAGCUGGCACUGCACAGGAGUAAACUUGGUAGACUGUAGUGUGUUAUGUAUUGAGAGGAUUCUAAAAGAGCGCUUUUAUAAACAGAUAUAAGACGUUAUUUCAGGGAUGACAGAUUUUGCUCAUUUAAACGAUUAUAUCUUGCUGGCACACUUUAAAUUGCAAAAUCUGCUCAAUACAUAAUGCACUACAGGUUUUGACCGAUCAUUUAUUAGUAAAAUCACAGAGUGCUGUCUUCCAUUCUUUCCGCAAACUUGGACGCAAAAUCACGAUAUCCCAAUUUGGUACAACUGUGGCUUAAAGCAUCGCUGUAAAACUCAAUCUACCAAAUAAUAACCAACCCUCCUAAACUUCUAUCAUCAUGUCUCUGUAAAAUUUUAUCUAAAUCGCCUCUAAAACGGCCGAGAUAUAAGCGUUUUAAAAGAUGUAGCACAAGCAAAAUUUUGCCUUAUACAGUCAUUCAUAGAUGGGUGUUCCCCGCGGCCUUAAAAUCCCGGUUUUAAGCUUCUCUCCUUAGUUAUAGGUUCGUCUAUAUAAAUCUAUCUACAUGUUCCGGUUACAGUUAAGUUAUUGUCUAAACUAUGUUUCCUUAUCAGCUUGUGUAUUCCGUUUAUAAGCCGUCCCCCUGAUAUAAUCCCACCCCCGCCCCCCUCGAUGUAAGCCCAUCAAUCCCCUUGUUAUGCAAGCCCCAGGGCUUAUGACCAGAAAUUUGUGUCGAAUUCUGGUAGAUAUGUUGGAGCACUGUAAACUUACGUCUUUCGUCACAGCACAUUUGUCUUUUGUUCUCAGAUGAUUUUAAUGGUUUCCUUUGAUUUUCACAGCUUAGUACCAGUGCGGCACGUGAAGACUUACAAGAACUUCAGCAACGACUGAGUAAACGAAGUCAGGCGAAACUAGAUCACGUGAUGGAAGAAAAAGAUGCCUUGAUUGGAAGAUCUGCAGAGCUACGGGUGACUGUAGAGGACUUAGAGGGUGCUGUGAUGGACUUACAAUCAGACAAUGAACAAGUGGGACAAGAAACAAAGUAUUGUGUGACAGAGAUAGGAAGACAGCAAGGUAUUGAUGAGGAGGAAGGUAGUGAUAUUGUUGGUGCGCUGCAUGCAGAAAAAGCCGUCCUAGAAAGUACUAUUGUUGGGUUGGAACAUAAGGUGCAAGAUCUACAGGAGCUCGUCAAUACACUACAGAGUCAGAGAGAAUGGGGCGUGAAUAUGGAGUCUACUGAGGGACAACCCAGUCCAUCAGAAUCAGCAGAGAGCUUAACAGAGAGCGCAGUUCACGAAGCUGAACCUGAAAUAACACCGGAUACUGAAGUGUCGCUAGAAGGAGCAUCAAACACGAUUAGUCAAGAACUUCUUCAGCAGCACCUACAAGAUUACCAGCAACAGGUCGAGGAGCUGGAAUUAGCGCAAAGAGACUGGGAAGGAGAAAAAGAAGCUCUUGAAGGCGUGGUGCUGAGUCUUAGGCGGCAAGUAAAAGAAAUGCAAAGCCUGCUAGGAAAUACCUCUUCUGAACAGCAAGAAGAGAUAACAAGAAUACAAAAAGAAAAUUCUCAGAUUAUGUCAGAGAAAGAGCGUAUUCUUGAAGCAUGGAAAUCUAUAGAAGAAGACUUAGUUUCUUUUGAAAUAAGCAGUCCCCGCCUAGAAAAUGAUACCAAGAUCAAUGAAGAACGAAUGGAUGAACUGCGGUCUGAUCUUUAUAAAUGGGCAAGUAGCAAAACAGGAGUAAACUCGCUUAACAGGAACGAUAUGGAGCAAGUCAGCACCGAAGACAGUUUGAACCAAGGCUCCCAGACCGAUGAAGGCUUUCAACUAUAUUUAAAUAAGCUUCAAGAACUAGAGAAAGAUAAUUCUCUGUUACGAGAGGAGACAGAGCGACUUAUUCAAGAAAUCGAGGCGAAAACUUCAACCGUCUCUGCCGUCCAAAAUGAACUGCAAAUAAAAAGUGUGGAAAUUGAAAGCAUCUUGAAUGAAAAACAUGACUUAGUGGUAAUGAUUAACGAACGAGAUGAAAGAAUAUGUGAAUUGGAAGAGAGUUUUAAUGCUCAUCUACUGGAGUUAACCACUUCUAAGGAUAAUGAGAUAAGUUUGCUUCAAAGCGGCCAAGAAGAUGUGGUCAAACUUCUAGAGGAAAACAGACAGGAGUGUAGUUUGUUAAAAACAAAAAACAAUGAGUUGCUGGAUGUGAUGGGACAGAAUCAACGAUCCUGUGACGAACUUGACGAAAAGAACCAGAAUUUGGUAACCCAGUUAUCUGAAAUUGAAAAACAUCUUGAAAGGUUGAAGGGAGAAAAGGUAAAAUUGGAAACAACGAUUCAAGAUAAGGAACAAGCGAACGCAAGACUUACCGCUGAAAACAACAGUUUGUUGAUGGAAAAAGAAGUGCUGCAAAGUUUGGUUGAGGAGUACGAAAACAAAGUGAAAGUCUUGCGUAAUCAAACCGCUGAAAUGUCCAGGGUAGAAGGACAAAUUGAGCUACUGAACCAACAAGUUCAAAUUAACGAGAAACGAUGCAAGGAUCUAGAGACACAGAAACUAACUCUGUUACAAGAAAAGACCAAUCUUGAGCUCGAGUUGCGACAGAGAAGUUCUGAGUUGGAUAAUUCUGUUUGUGAACUCAAAGAAAAGUUUUCUGAGAUUGAAAUACUAAAGGUGGAAAAGACCAAGCUUAGCGAUACUGUUCAGAAUCAUUUGUCGGUUUGUAAUGACUUGGAACAAAAACUAACCGAAAGCGGGAGGGAAAAAGAAGAGGUGAGCAACUUAUUAGGUAUGAAGGACUUGCAGGUUGAUAAACUAGAGCUUGACCUGAGAGAGAAAGGAGCUGAGAUAGAUCUGCUAAGGCUGGAAAUGGCAAAAGUGACAAAAGCAUUGAAGGAGAAGGAACAAUUGAUUCACGCUCAAGUUGUGAAUGCUUCUAGUUCGGAUGAUGUUCAGUAUCAUCAAGCACAAUUAUUGAGAUUGUUAGAGGGAAAGGAUCAAGAAAUAGCAGCUCUUAAACAGAAAGAUGCUUCAUUGGUAGAGCUUGUGAGUAGGACGGACGAGUCUACACAUAGAGCACAGGAAGCUUAUGAAGGCAAAUUACAACAACUGAGGGAGGAGAGGGAUAGGCUGUUAGCGGAUCUGAGCCUGCGGGAUGAGGAGUUACUGAAUGCAGAGGACAGAUUAGAGGCUAUGAGAGAGAAGGUGCAAGGGAAGGACCAAGCCUCUCAUUUACUUCAUACUGAGCAUGCGCGACUGCUUGCUUUGAACGAGUCACAAGCUAAUGAGAUGGGAAAACUGAGAGAAAAACACUCUUCAUUACAGAAACUACUCGAAGAACGCAGCAAGAGCAAAAGUGCCGAAGAACAAAAAUUACAGCAAGAAAAUUCCCAGUUGAGACGACAAAUAAAUUCUCUUCAAGUUGAGCACGAAACUUUAACUACGCUUAUACACGAGAAGGACAAACAAAUUGCCACCCUGGCUCAGCUGGGAAGUUUUAGCACUCCCGACCCCUCCCUACAUGGGGUAGAUGUGCAGGUUAAAAUACUUAGAGAGGAAAGAGAUGUGUUACUGAAGGAAAGAAACUCAGUUAUGAGAGACAAGGAGAUGAAAGAUAAAGAAAUUUACCAAUUGCAGGAGGAAAUCGGGUCUCUUAGACAAAUGAUUCAAGAGAAAAGUGAUUUAACUGCCAAAUUAUCGGCUGAAAAUGAAGAGCUCUGUAAACAGCUCGGCAGUCUUAAGUCACAAGUGAACACAUUGUCUUCGGACAAAGCUAAUAUAGUGAAGAAUGAUAACAGAAUCAAAGAGUUAGAAGAUGAAAUCACUUCUUUCAAGCGCACUAUAGAGAGCAAGGACAACGAACUGAAGCAGCUUCUAGAAAAUAGUCGAAAUGAAAAAAGUAUAAUAUUGGUAGAACUUGACAAUAUCAAAACUGAAAGAGACGAUAUUUUAGAGGAAAAAGAUAUCGAAACUAGAGAGCUAAAGAAGAAAAUUUCACAGCUGGUGAAUUUAAUGACGGACUCAGAGUCCGGGGAAAGUGAAAAUGUCGAUGAUAUUGACAGGAACUUUCAAAAAUUGUUUCAGUCAGUUAAAAACCGGAGAAAUAAUGUUCUUCGACAGCGAGACAACGAAAUUCAGACUUUACGUGAACAGCUUUCAAAUGUAACGCUACUAAAUAAAGCUGUUGAAGAUCGAGACUCCGGUUUAGAAGAAGUGCUCCGUGAAAAAGAAGAGCUAAAUCGCUUGUUAUUUCAAGCACGCCAUGAAAAGGAAGACGUCUUACUCGAGAAGGAGUCCAUAGUCGCAGAUUUGCAAGAUCAGAUUGUUAGCCUCAGUAAGGCAGUCAGUGAAAAAGAGCGCUCUUCGUAUCAGGAUUUGCAGCGUGUUAUCCAAGAAAAGGAACGAAUUGUAAAGGAACUUGAUCAAGCACAGCUACGCACAGAGGAAAUAAACAUUGCCAGCUCUCAGUGGCAGGCUAAGUUAAGCAGGCUACAAGCGGAGCUACAGGAGAUGACAGGAACUGUGUCCCAGCAACGUGAAACCAUCAGCAGUCUAUACAACGAUGUUGAACAACACAAGUUGGCAAUACAGGAAAAAGAAAGGAUUGUUAAGGAGCUAGUGAUGGAAAGAGAACAGCUGGUCAAAACAUCAGAGCAGCUUCGUAGCCGGGUACAGCAGCUGCAGGAGGAACUGUCUGCUGCAAACAGUGGGCAGAAAGUGGCGGAGACUAAGAUGGAACAGGAAUUAGAGAGGCUUAGGAAUCACCUUGUACAGGUAACAAAUCUGAAAUCAAUUUACGGUAGCCAAAUUACUGAAUUAGAUAACAUCGAAUUGUUUGUUGAAGAGUUCUGUAUGCCUCCCGUCGAAGAACUUAAUUUUUAUGAAAACAACUUCUACUAAUGAUCAAUAUUACUAUUCUGCUCCAUGUGCUUAGGCGUGAAAAUCAUGCUUUUGGAGAGAAUCUAAAACUAGUAACAGCUGAUGCUUUUCAUAUGGAUUAAGUAUAUUGCUAAGCAUGAGGAAAAUUCGUAAUUGCUGAACAUAUUAAUAUGGCGUCUUUAGGUUGAAGAAAGCUACACGCGUGAGGCCCUCGAGGCAGAGGAACGAGAGAAAGAACUAAGGAUGAAACUAGCGCGCGCAGAAGAACAACUGCUGUCCAGUUCUUACUCCAUGCAGGACAGAGAGUAAGUGAUUCUUUGCUUUUUUCAAAAAUCAACGACCUAGUUAUAUGGAAGGGCCUUCAAACCCUUGAACUCAGACAAAUAAAGCACAUAACUAGUGCUUUCAGCUGAAUGCCGUAUCUGUAUGCUAAAACGUUGUUGUGGUGUCAAUUGUAGUCGUCAAGCCUCAGCGCAGAUUGAAAACCUUCAGGAACAACUCCAGAGCAUCGUAGCUCAACGUGACCGAGCAGUCCUGGAUUUAGCUUCAUCCCAAGAGCAGGCGGACCAGUACCAGACUUCUCUCAACAAUCUGCAGCUUGUUCUCGAGCAGUUUCAGCGAGGUAGGUUUGAUCAAUAACUCUCUUUGCUGACGUUAUUAUGUUUACUAUUGAUCAGUCACAUACUUCGCUGGUGUUGAUAUGGAUGAUGUUAAUUUCAGAGCGUGAAUCACAGCUGAAAGUCGCUCAGGAACAAGCACAGAGAGAAGUAAUCAAGGCCUGGGACCAAGUGAGAGAACUACAACAGAGGGAAAAUCAGCUGAAGGUUAGUGGAAAGAACGCGAUAUAAACAAAGCUUGAACCAUUUACUUAACAGUUGUACCUUGUGGUUUUACCUUUAGAGGCAACUUGAAAUGGCUGCUCGUGUAACACAAGAGUUGGUGAACAUGCGAGGCCAGCUUCAGGGUAAAGAAGAGGAACUACUUAAACAUAAACAAGAAGGUAGGGCCACUAAUUUAAUUAAUUAUACACUGUACUCAAGAUCUGUCUUCUCAUUGGCUCAUUGGCGUACAGUUAAUUUUGGAAAUCAGUGCAACUUACAGAUUAGUUCGUUAUCUGCCAGCAGAUUACUAACUUAUCUGUAGGUUGCGCGCAAUGCAUGAUUUGCCAGAACAUCGUCAAUCUGUUUUCUGUGCGAACAUAGUCAUAAGCAGUCUCGUCUAUUAAUUAUUGUGCGAAGUAGUGUUGGUCGUUGUUUUCUUAAAACAAUGUAUGAUAAAACAAUUAUUGCAUUCGGUUUUUGUGAUAUCCGGAGUCAUCAAGGUCUCGGAAAUUGUUACUAGCCACGGCCAUAAUUUUCCGGAAAUCACAAAAACCGAAUCGUUAUUGUUUAUAAUUUUUAAUUGUUCGAGUACAUCAUACCGAUUUUUCGUCAGUAGCUUCGUAGUUUUGUUGUCUUUUAGUAACACAAGCCAUUUUCCUCCUCAGGCAAAAUCCUUCAAAGUGUAGAACAGUUAACAGAUAAAGCCCUUCUAGCGGCUCGAAAAUCAUAAGAUUCGGCUGAGGCUGCGAUAUUCUCCUACAACGAGGAGUUAAGGAAAGUGUCUCCACAUGAGACUUGUCUGGAAUUAAGAAAACCAUCUUUUGCCCUUUUAUGGAGUUUUGGAGGAAAAUGGCUUCAUUUUUAGAUGUCGUGUCAUCAUUUCUUGUUGCGGCAUCAGUAAAAUGAGUUAUUUAUUUAGAAACAUUUAUGUGAGUUAUUUAUCGGAUUUAAGUAUGUGUUGGGAUAAGUAAAAGUAACAUGGUGGUUGCGUUCUUGAUAGUUGCCCGGCUAGACGAAGAGUUACGAAUCAGUCAGGAGCGAAUCAAGAACCUCAACAGCAUAUCAGACAGCAAAGUUGAAAAGUAAGUGCAUCUAAAUGGUUAAUUGAAGUCACUUUGGUGUCCACGAAAGGUUGUCAACUUAAACUUCAUGUUAGGCCAAAAUUUACAAAUAGCUUCUCUUCUAGGAACAUAUUCCUCGAGCUGAGGAAAUCUUCUAGGCCUUUGCUCAGGGACCCAGUUUUUUGAACCCCAAAAAAGGUCUUAAAAAAAGCAUUCUUAAACGUGGGGGAAAAUUCUCAGCCUGGGAUAAGGCGCGCUCACCGGUUUGGUGCAGCGGGACCCAGAGCUCCAUGGUUCUAUUUACAAUUUAAGUCACGCGUAGGUGUGGUAAUGGACUUAAAUUAUAGGGCCAGAUCGCGGUAUUUUAGUUAAUUACAAUCCUUACACCUCAGACUGAGAAACAAUUCUUUUGCCAAAAUCAUAGUCCAGAAACAAACGAAAAAGAAACUAAGCGGUGGGCAAAAGAGAGUAUUGAAUACAGAACUUGGUAAUAAACGGCCGUGAUCGGCCGUGACCUGCCAAGAUUGGAGACUCCCAAAUUAUACUCAUGCCCAGGGUGCGUUAGUCUCUGAGGACUCUGUUUCAUGAAUGUUGAUAUUGUGUAACCUCACUCGUUUGGUUUGCUUUUGUUUUUAGAUCUCUUGUGAAAAACAUGUUGAUGACAUAUUUCAAUACAAUUGAAAGCAAACGAGCUGAUGUAGUUCGAGUUAUUGGAAGUUUGCUUGGCUUCACCCAUGAAGAACUGGAGAAGGUAUGUCUAUAAACAAAACAAUUCAAGUAGUGAAGUGGGGGCUGGAUACGUGUCAUGUUUGUCCUUGAAUAACCCCUUACUGGUCUUGAACAUUUUAUCGUUUGGAAUAUCAAUGUGUAAAUCCUUCUGAUAGAACUCUGGUCUGUUUCAAGCCGUAAGCUUAGUAGGUUCCCAUUUUUGAGAAGCAAAAUAAUCUGCAGGGUUUACUGAUUACUUAUCACCUUGCAUUUAGCACCAUUUAAUUGGCUUAUUUGUAAACGCGUUAAGGCAAAUAACUCACGUGAUAAUGUUGCUGUCAGGUGGGUACAGGAUCUUCUGCUCCUAAAGGAUCAUGGAUCUCCAGUUUAAACCCGUUUGGUGCACCCAAGACUCCCACGAGAACUACAGCGGCAAUAGAGAAGGUAAUCUUGACUCAGACAAGGCAGUCUUCAAGGCAAUUUUUUUAAUCCCUGAUCGAAAUUCUUGUCUUUUUUUAUUUUAGUCGUUUUCAGAGCUGUUUGUAAGCUUCCUUGAGAGCGAAUCGGAAGCGAUGCUGCCCGUGGGUCAAGGAAGCAGACUGAGUAACAUAAACAAUCCUCUUCUGUCAGGCUUGGCACCACAACAGUCCGCUGCUACUCACCGUGGACUACCGUCGAGUCCCACAGGGCAGCCUAUAGCUACUUCAACUCCUGUGGGUACACCUGCUAGGAGUAACAUGCCUUCCUUACCUCCGUCUUCUAUUUCACGACCUCUGUCCGGCUCAACGUUAAGUGCAACAGAUGGAUCAACAAGGUACGUUUAACAGACAAUGCCCCAAAAAGUCGAAACAAGUGUACCUCAUUUUUCACCUUCAUGCCUUUUUUAAAAUUAUAUGGUUCACACCGCACGACUUGUGUCACAGAGUGGCAUUGUUAUGUUUAGAACCCACAAUCAACAUUUGGUGGGUCAAUGUGUUUGUAAACGUGGCGGAAAGAGAAAUAAUUGUCAAUGAACCAAUCGUUUUAUAUUUACGUUGCGUAUCACGAAGUGUGACAUAUCUUGUAGUUUUUAUUUGUAUCUUGAUCGUUUAGUCUUUUUGAGAUGGUCGUAACUUUUUUAUUAUUUUAUCAGUAUAGUGAGUGAGGACCUCUGUGAAAACCAAGUACUGUGACUGGAGCUUCCUCAGGCUAUAAAGAUUAUCAUUAUUGUAAUACUGAGAUGCAAUCCGCUGCGUUAAGCAAUGCAUGUGCUCUGAGAUUCAUUUAAUUGUAGUUUAUUAUAAGCCUGAAAAUCAAAGUUUUGUUUAACUUUCUGAUAAUCUUUUCUCAGCAGAGCUAACAUUCCCAGCACCAAUGGUAACCCUUUAUUGGUGGGUUCACUCACUCCAGUACAACAACUACCAGCUAUAACCAGCUCCAAUUCAUUACGGACAUUACUUGAAGGACAUACAUGA